CCAGAAGCUCUCACUCGUAUCCCACACGCUUGCAGAGAGCCGAGCGCUCACUCACACAUCCACCAUGCACUCGAAUCUGGUGCGGGUGCAGAAUGUCUUCGGUUUCUUCACCACCGUCGCCUUCACAGUCGCGGCCGUCAUCGCGCUGAGCAGUUUUAUUUCGCCCCAAGAUCCCUCGGCCAGCAUAUCGUUGCGCAAUGUGCAGGUAGUCAAGGGCCGGCCGCACUACUACUCGUCCAAGAGGGAGGAGUAUGCGCAUAUCAAGUUUGACCUGGAUGCCAAUCUCAACAGCCUCUUCAACUGGAACACAAAGCAAGUCUUUGUCUACCUCAAAGCCGUCUACCCCUCGACGCGCGCCUCAGAGCCUCCCUCGGAAGCCAUAAUCUGGGACGCCAUCCUCGCAUCCACGUCGGCGCCCUGGCACCAGAACCACUUUGUCCACCCAGACCCCAAGUCGAAGCUCCCCAAGCAAUCCGCCAGGAAGCGCGCCGCGUCCAAGCAAAAGACUGAAUCUCCCUACCCCAUUGGCGAGCUUCACCUCCAGAACCAGAAGCCCAAGUACCAGAUCACGGACAUCACCGGCAAGCUGGGCAACAGGACAGACGUAGUGUUGGAGCUGGGCUGGAACGUGCAGCCAUGGGUGGGCGCCCUAACAUGGACCAACUGGAACACAAUCGGCGUUUGGAAGGGUCUGGAGGGCGGCAAGAGCAAGGCAUUCGCAUUCCCAGAGGUGGGAGCCAAGGCGGCGAAGCCCAAGGAUCUCGAGACAGAGAAGGGUGCAGAGGGAUAUAGGCUGGAGGUUGGUGGUGAGGCACCCAUGAGAAAGGCUGCGCACUAAGGAGAUGAGGGUGAUCAUGGUUGCGCUGAUAUGUGCCAUGUAUUUGGAGUCGCGUGGGAAUAUCAUACAGUGGUGUUGAUGCACUUUGAAACAAGUUGGGUAUUCAAGCAUGUGUUCAAGUUGGGCUUGUCAAUAUGAUAGCUGCUGUGCUGUGAUCUGGUUAGAAUAAGUGGAGAGCAAGUCGUAGAGAACAUGACCAUGGCCAAUUCUACAUGGCGGGGUCAAAUAUUGUGUGUAGGAAGUCUAACCUGCCUCUUCAACACGAAUUUACAAAAC